AUGAGCCGAGCUGAACUGCUCCAUGUGGAUAUCAUCACCUCCCAUGUUGAUAUCAUCGAUUUCCAUUUGUCAAUCGAUGGAUUCUUCGUCAAUCACAAUUUGACAACCAGAAAAGAUGGCGAAAGUUGUUCGUCAAGAAAAGGUGGCUGCUCUAAUGGCAUUUGUGUGAUCAACGGCCAUUCCUCAGCGCUAUGUCUUUGUUCUGAUGGCAUGGUGCUCAUUAAUGGACAGUGCUCGGUGAGUAAUGCAGCCGGUCCUUUGCUAGUAUACUCUCGACUGUCACCAGAGUGGAUUCAUGGAGUACGUGUAGCGCCAGACGGGAUUACGGUUUCCUCGGCAAUGCCUUCGAUUCUGUCUCUGAAAGGAGAGGCCUUAUUCACUAUAGAUUCAGUGAAGGGAGAAAUCUUUUUCUAUGACGAUGCCAAAUCGGCCAUCUACAAGCGAUCGUUAUAUGGUGGAAAUGUUACGCUAGUCAUUGGAAAUGGUAUGCCUCCAAUUACGGAAACUAAAAAUCGUAUUUUCAAAAUGCAAAUUUUAAAAAUGAUUUUUGUUAAUACCAAGGUAAAGGGCCAGAAGAAAACCAGCAAUUUCUUCAGACUUAUGUUCUACUCCAGUACGACUCAACUCCGGCAGCAUAGUAUAAUACGCGCGAAUCUAGACGGUACUAAUCCCACAAUUCUUGUGAGUUUCUUCUCGUUCCAUCCUCUGACUAUGGCUCUUGACGUUACUGCUCUAAAAGUCUACUGGUUGGAUCCGUUCGAGUUCACGCUGCAUCGAGCUGGUUAUGACGGGGAAGACAUGAACCCGUCCAGUGAAUCUGAAAAAUGUGGCGAAAAAACGCAGUUCAUGUGCAAACAUACUGAGCAGUGCAUUGACAUUAACAAAGUUUGUGAUGGUCGUUGGGAUUGCUAUGACGGCAGUGACGAAGAUAUCCGUGGGAUAUGUGGUGAGUAUCGAAAUAAAUCGUCUGAUCCGAAAUCCGAGGUUGAAGAGUAG